AUGGCGUCGCGCGUGGUGAUUCUCGAGUACGCCGAGCUGGUGAAGGGCGCCGACCUGGGGAAGCCGCUGCUGGAGGCCUGGGGUCCCGGCAGUCUGGGAGUGGUGGCGGUGCGGGGUGUGCCUGGCUGGCAGGAGCUCUACCCUUCAGUGCUCAAGAUGUCGCACAGCUUGGCCCACUUGCCUGCAGAGAGUCUGAAAGCUCUAGAAGACGAGGCCUCCAUGUACAACGCGGGUUGGUCCCACGGCAAGGAGAAGCUGGGCGACAAGCCGGACUUGGCCAAGGGCUCGUUUUACUUCAACCCGUUAUCCGACGCACCCGGCACUGAGGAGGACCGGGUGAAGUUCCCGUGGGCCCUGCCGAAGAACCGCUGGCCCAAGGAGAUCCCGGAGCUGGAGAAGCAUUGCAAGGCGCUGGGCAAGGCCAUGCAGGAGGUCAUCAGCCACCUGGGAGACCAGGUGGACCGGGUCAUGGCAGCCAAGGGGAAGACCUACACGGCGGAGCUGGGCAAAACCCUCCGCGCAACUGACAAGUGCAAGGGCCGGCUGCUGUAUUAUUUCCCUCCGAAGGCGAGCGCUAGCAAUGGCGCUGCCUCGGAAGUGCCCGAGGAUGGCUGGAUCGGUUGGCACAAUGACUCGGGCUUCAUGACGGGCCUGACUCCGGAUAUGUAUGUAGAUGAUGUUGAUGGCUCGAUCAUUGAGAACCCUGACCCGGAGAGUGCCGGGCUGUGGAUCGUGGAUCGCGACAGCAGCGCUGUCCGCGUGCAGAUCCCUGCGGAUUGCAUGGCCGUGCAAGUGGGCGAGUGCACGCAGGUGGUGACCGGCGGCGAGUUCGUUGCGACCCCGCACUGCGUCCGCGGUUGCCGGCCGACGCAUACUGGUGGGCGCCAGGUGGCCAGAGUUUCCUGCCCAUGCUUCGUGGACACCCACCCCACCUUCGAACUCAGGAUUCCCGAGGGCGUGUCUCGGGAAGAGAUGCUCGCGCGAGGCGUCUCCUCGAAGGUCCCCCCGCUGGCUGACCGCUGGCAGCCUGGCCAGAACUUCGGGGACUUCUUGGGGGUGACCUUCCGGAGAUACUACGACUGGGCCAUCAGCAAGUCUGAGCAGCCGGACAAGAAGCAGCGCACGGCAUGA